CACCUUAAUCACAACAAAACCGGGAAACCAAAGAUUCAUGGUCAUGGCGUCGAGUUUCUCUCUAUCAUCCACCACUCCGAUCAUCCUCACCUCCUCUGUCUCUCCUUCUCAAAAGGCAUCUCAACUCUCCAUUGUUCGAAAGCGUAAACCCUAUUCCAUUCGUAAAUCUUCAGUAUCAUGCACAGCCACAAAUGGUGAUCAAAACCCUAUCCCUAGUUCCAAAGAUGGAGUAACUUCUGUGAACAAAUUCGAUAGAAGAGAUGUCCUACUUGGUCUGGGAGGUCUCUAUGGAGUGGCCAAUCUCUCUUCUGAUCCAUUUGCCUUGGCUUCUCCGAUUCAAGCUCCGGAUUUAACCAAAUGUGGCAAAGCUGACUUACCUACUGGUGCAAAACAAACAAAUUGCUGCCCACCAUCAUCUACGAAAAUCAUAGACUUCAAGCUCCCUAAAUAUAAUACUUUGCGAAUCAGGCCUGCCGCACAUUUAGUUGAUGAUGCAUACAUAGCGAAAUACUCCAAGGCUAUUAAGCUCAUGAAAGCUCUUCCUGCCGAUGACCCACGUAGCUUCACGCAACAAGCCAAUGUUCAUUGCGCCUAUUGUGAUGGGGCUUACCACCAAGUUGGCUUUCCCGAUCUUGACCUUCAAGUUCACAACUCGUGGUUGUUUUUCCCGUUUCAUAGAUAUUAUCUUUAUUUCUAUGAGAAGAUAUUGGGAAAAUUGAUUGAUGAUCCAACUUUUGCUUUGCCAUUCUGGAAUUGGGAUUCCUCUCCUGGCAUGAAAAUGCCUGCCAUGUAUGCAAACUCUAGUUCACCACUUUACAACACACUACGCGAUGCAAAGCACCAGCCACCGACACUCGUCGAUCUUGAUUAUAAUCUUACUGAUGAAACCACAACAAAUCAAGAUCAAAUUAAUAGCAAUCUUAAGGUCAUGUACAGACAGAUGGUGUCUAAUGGCAAGAAUGCUAAGCUUUUCAUGGGAAGUGCAUACCGUGCCGGUGAUGAAUCUGAUCCAGGAGCGGGUUCGUUGGAGAACAUUCCACAUGGGCCGGUUCAUAUAUGGUGUGGCGAUCGCACACAGCCGAAUAUAGAGGACAUGGGGAAUUUCUACUCAGCAGGGAGAGACCCUAUCUUUUUCGCUCAUCACUCGAACAUUGACCGAUUGUGGACGGUUUGGAAGACAUUAGGAGGGAAGAGAAAAGAUUUCACUGACUCAGAUUGGCUUGACGCCAGUUUUCUUUUCUAUGAUGAGAACGCCAAUCCUGUUCGUGUUAAAGUUCGUGAUUGUCUAGAUACUAAAAAAUUGGGAUAUGUUUAUCAAGAUGUUGAAAUUCCAUGGCUAAAAUCUAAGCCAACGCCUAAAAAGUUUUUCAAGAAAGUGGCAAAGACGUUUGGUCAUGUAGCACAUGCAGCUGAGUUGAAAACAAACUUUGUUGCGGCAACCCAAUUCCCCAUAGUUUUGGACAAAACUAUAAGCACUGUGGUUCCGAGGCCAAGGAAAUCAAGGAGCAAGAAGGAGAAAGAAGAGGAAGAGGAAGUAUUGGUGAUAGAGAGCAUUGAGUUUGAAAAAGAUGCGGCGGUGAAAUUUGAUGUGUUUAUCAAUGAUGAGGAUGAGGUGGCAACUGGGCCGGACAAGACUGAGUUUGCGGGGAGUUUUGUGAGUUUACCGCACAAGCAUAAGCACCACAAGAAGAUGAAGACUCGUUUGAGAUUGGGACUGACAGAUUUGUUAGAGGAUUUGAAUGCUGAGGAUGAUGACAGUGUGGUGGUGACUUUGGUGCCGAGAUAUGGGAAGGGUCUUGUUAGCGUUGGAGGUAUUAAGAUUGAAUUUGCCGAUGAUUAAGAUUAAUUAGUCAUCUUACGUACCUUGCUUGUUUAACUCAUGGCUUUGACAAGACUAUUGUGUUUUAUUUGGAUUAAUUAUGUAUGCAUAUUGAAGCUGCUUGCAUAUAAUCCCAUUUUGCAAUCAACUGGAAGAUUCUUAUUUUUGAGUAAAUAAAUGAGAAAAAAUAUGCUUCAGUUUCAUGUGUCAACUUAUAUCACAAACGUAC